CGGGGGUCCGCCGUGGCCUUGCGGCGUUGGAGGGGAGGCGGGAAUCGACCCGGCGGGCGCAGGGUCGCGCUGUCUCUGCUGGAGUUGUGUGCAGGGGUUUGGAAAUGGCGGUGCAGCCUAAGGAGACGCUGCAGUUGGAGGGCGCGGCGGAGGUGGGCUUCGUGCGCUACUUCGAGGGCAUGCCGGAGAAGCCGAGCACCACGGUGCGCCUCUUCGACCGCGGCGACUUCUACACGGCGCACGGCGAGGACGCGCUGCUGGCGGCCCGCGAGGUGUUCAAGACCCAGGGCGUGAUCAAGUACAUGGGUCCGGCAGGGGCAAAGACACUGCAGAGUGUUGUGCUUAGUAAAAUGAAUUUUGAGUCUUUUGUAAAAGAUCUUCUUCUGAUUCGUCAGUAUAGAGUUGAAGUUUAUAAGAAUAAAGCUGGAAGUAAGGCCUCCAAGGAGAACGAUUGGUAUUUGGCAUUUAAGGCUUCUCCUGGCAAUCUUUCUCAGUUUGAAGACAUUCUUUUUGGUAACAAUGACAUGUCAUCGUCCAUUGGCGUCGUGGGUGUUAAGAUGUCCACAGUCGAUGGUCAGAGACAGGUCGGAGUUGGGUAUGUCGAUUCCAUCCAGAGGAAGCUGGGACUGUGUGAGUUCCCUGAUAAUGACCAGUUCUCCAACCUUGAGGCCCUUCUGAUUCAGAUUGGACCAAAGGAAUGUGUGUUACCCGGAGGAGAGACUGCCGGCGACAUGGGGAAUCUGAGGCAGGUAAGGGAAUCCAGUCUAGGAAAGUCGUUAAUAUCCCUUACCCCGUAUUGCUGA